AUGCCUCGACACUGGAAGCGACUUAGGCGGUCUGCUUCCGCUAAUAGCACACUAUCGACUUCGACAAGAGAAGAGCAUUUAAGUCCCGCAUACGAGCACGACAGCCUGAAUGGAAGUGGACCGAUAUCCAGUAGUGAGCCCGAUGCAGCCAUGGAUCCAACUCUGCUGGAUGAAGCGGUAAUACCAGAAGCUGAGCAGCCUUUAGCCAAGACCAAGGCCAGUGACGCACACGCCGUGGGGGGCGGUGGCUAUAAUUCUCUCAAAUCGUUCAAUGGCCAGUACUACUCCGGCAUCGCGGUUGGUGGCUCUCACACUUGGAACUACGACGGCGGCGUGUGGCACGAGGUCAAGACGGAGCCGGACCUGUGGAAGAUUAACUACGAGACAAACAAAAGGAGGGCCAGAAAGGCCUCCGAACUAAGCGGCGUGCCCGUAGGCACCGAGAACCAUUGGCUAAUUGUUGCGCAUCAGCGCGUCCGAAAAGUCGAUGCAAAUACGUACGAAACGCACCUCGAGGGGUCUAAAUAUAAGCUUGCUCAGAAAGGCGCAACGUCGGAUUCAUGGUCAAAUGCUACGGUCAAGAGGCAGCGAGGAUGCGGGCUGGGGUUCUUUGGGGACGCCAAGCGACGCGUUCAACAGUUGCCGCUUGUAUUGGGCAAUGGAAAGGUCAAGGUGAAGACGGUUGAGAAGGGGCAAUAG